AUGGUAGGGAGAGAAGCAGGAAUUGUUUGCCAACCUGAGGAGAAUUUGAGAGCCGCACCGAAUAAUAGAGGCAGAACUCAGUCAAGCUGUGAAUUUGCCUUGCAUGCAUUACCAGAUCCCAAAACAAAAGCGAUGAUGAUCUUUGACCAUGCAGACUUUACAGCAACUAGCCCAGAACAAGCUUACUUCGACUUGGAUAUAGACCAAACAGAGAUCCACGGCCACAGCCACAGCAGUGUCAAUUGUAACAGCACCGAGUACGUUUCUUCUGCAGACGUCUUAGAAAUGAUCUCGGCCAGUACCAGUUUUGUCGAUGCGUCGCCGCUGGUCGAGGUCGAGCCUCGUCUGCUGCUAUCAGAUGUGGAGGAGCAAUCGUACACUAACAACGACAUGAAGGACCUGCGACAAGAUUCGUUCGAUUUCGCACUCCCGCAAGAAAUCGACCCAGAAGUGGACCAUUUGAUCACAGACCUUGCUGCCUUCGAAAACAAUGGUGUGGGUGACGACGAGAAUCGCUCACCAAACAUCAAUUGCGCUCAAACGGCGGAACCGCACGGCCCCAUGCCCCAGUUUUCCAGCAGCUUCAACAACAGUAGCAGUAGCAGCAGUGUCAGACCCCAGCCACGGCGUCAGAAGAGCAAUCCUUUCUACUUCCCGUCCAAGCACAUCAAAAACAUGAUCUCCAAAGAGACCAAACGGCAAAGUUGUCGCAAAACCCAGAAUCUCGCCAACCAAUCGUCUUGGGAGUCCCUGGGGUCCCUAGAAGACCAGUCGUGCUCCAGCUCGCAGAACUCUAAGCCUCUCCUGGAGAGACGGCAAACCGUACUUUAA